AGAAAUUAUGAAUGAAGCGAUUCGGCAGAAGAAAAAGGCUAAAGAGGUUGAAUGGAGAGUUCUUGUCGUGGAUCAGUUAGCAAUGCGAAUGAUUUCCGCUUGCUGUAAAAUGCAUGAAAUAUCCGCAGAGGGCUUGACAAUUGUUGAAGAUAUUAAUAAAAAGAGGGAGCCACUUCCAACAAUGGAAGCUGUCUAUUUAAUAACACCGAGUGAAAAAUCAGUACACUCCCUGAUGAACGAUUUUGCUUCACCUAAUCGUAUCAUGUACAAAGCAGCCCAUGUCUAUUUCACAGAAGUAUGUCAGGAGGAACUGUUUAACGAACUCUGCAAAUCGUACGCUUCGAGAAAGAUUAAAACGCUGAAAGAGAUCAACAUUGCUUUUUUGCCGUAUGAGAGCCAGGUGUUCUCGUUAGAUGCUCCUGAAACUUUCCAGUGCUUUUACAAUCCAUCAUUGAGUAACAGCAGACUUGCAAAUAUGGAACGUAUCGCAGAACAGAUAGCCACUUUGUGUGCCACGCUUGGAGAAUACCCUUCUGUCAGAUACAGGAGUGAUUUUGAUAAAAAUGUAGAAUUAGCUCAGAUAGUGCAGCAGAAGCUGGAUGCCUAUAAAGCCGACGAACCAACAAUGGGUGAAGGACCCGAGAAGUCUCGUUCCCAGUUGUUGAUUCUGGAUCGAGGUUUUGAUGCAGUCUCUCCUCUCUUGCACGAACUCACUCUUCAGGCGAUGGCUUAUGAUCUGCUUCCUAUUGAGAAUGAUGUAUACAAGUACGAAGCUACAGCCGGAGCUCCAGAAAAAGAGGUAUUGUUGGAUGAAAAUGAUGAACUGUGGGUAGAACUCCGUCAUCAACAUAUUGCUGUGGUCUCACAGAAUGUCACAAAGAAUUUGAAGAAGUUCACAGAGUCGAAACGGAUGCCGCAAGGAGACAAACAGUCCAUGAGGGAUCUUAGUCAAAUGAUUAAAAAGAUGCCACAAUAUCAGAAAGAACUCAGCAAGUAUUCAACUCAUUUACACCUUGCGGAAGAUUGCAUGAAUGCCUAUCAAGGGCAUGUCGAUAAGCUCUGCAAGGUUGAACAGGAUUUGGCUAUGGGUACCGAUGCCGAAGGAGAACGUAUAAAGGACCACAUGAGAAAUAUUGUUCCUAUUCUCCUCGACCAAUCCGUCUCAAAUUAUGACAAGAUGAGAAUCAUCCUCCUUUAUACUCUGUCCAAGAAUGGUAUUUCUGAAGAGAACUUGAACAAACUUGUUCAACACGCUCAGAUCCAGCCACAUGAGAAACAGGCCAUUGUCAACUUAGGAAAUCUUGGCCUAAAUGUUGUAGUUGAUGGUACUCGUAUAAAGAAGCCAUAUGUGCCUCCUCGCAAAGAGCGUAUUACUGAGCAAACAUAUCAGAUGUCUCGUUGGACACCUGUAAUUAAGGAUCUCAUGGAGGAUUCCAUAGAUGACAAGCUCGACUUGAAGCAUUUCCCCUUCCUAGCCGGUAGGGCAGCUUCUUCAGGAUAUCAUGCUCCUGCCAGCGUGCGAUAUGGACACUGGCACAAAGAUAAGGGUCAGCAGACUGUGAAGAAUGUACCUCGUAUCAUCGUCUUCAUCAUCGGCGGCAUGAGCUUCUCAGAGAUCCGAUGUGCCUAUGAAGUUACCAACGCCGUCAAGAAUUGGGAAGUCAUAAUUGGUUCUUCACACAUCCUGACUCCUGAAGACUUCUUAAGUAACCUCGCCAACCUGAGCAACUAGAGAACGGACUGAUGAUAGUUAGCCAGCGUAGUCACUCUUGUUCUUAUUUGGUACACACUCAAAUGUGAUAAUGUAAAAUUACGUAGCUUCUUUUAAAUGUAGAAAGGGCACACUCUCAGAGUUUACUUGUUUGUUACAACACAAUGUAUCGUCGUAUAGAACCAAAGCAGAACACAUUACUUUUUUCUUAAAAUGUGUAUAUCUUCCGAGGCAUAUAGGUAUAUCCUAGAUAUAACUUUAUUAAUUAUUUAUUUUAAACUGAGAAGUAUAGAAUUUAUGUUCGUAGACGACAGUUUAUAGGUAAUGAUCGUUGCAUGUAAUCUUAAAAUUUUUAAGAUUUUUCCAUUAUUAAAAAAGAAAUAAUUUCAUUGAUUUGUUAUAAGUGUUUUAUACUCUUCUAAGUCAUUUAGUUGAAAAUUAUUUGCAAAAGAAAACAAAACAACAACAACAUUAAAUUAAAUGAAUAGUAAUUAGAUUAAUUUUGAGAAAUAACUUGAUAGAUAAAUAAAAAAGGCCUAAUCAUGCUCGGUGAUUUUUAAUUAAUAAAAACUCCAAGCCUAUUUUUCAAAGAUUUGAUUGAUAUUGACAGAAUGUCUCUCUGUUUAUUUAAUGCUAUCUUGAAUAAUGGAUUUAUUUGAAUUGUUAUUUUCAUGAUAUGUAUACAA